UCAUCGAUUACGGCCGGACAUUAAUUACCGUGGCACGCAUGCCCGCCAUGUUUAUUUCCGUUUUGUUAGCUUAGCUGGGAAAAUUAAACUCAAAGCAGAAGCAUCGUUUAAUCCACGUUUCUGGAGUAAAAGAUGAAACCUGCUGUGGACGAAAUGUUCCCUGAAGGAGCGGGACCGUACGUGGAUCUGGACGAGGCAGGGGGCAGCAGCGGGCUGUUGAUGGACCUGGCAGCCAAUGAGAAAGCGGUACACUCAGACUUUUUUAACGACUUUGAGGACCUCUUCGAUGACGACGACCUGCAGUGACGCCGGCCUUCCAACAUCUGUCCAGUUACGUCCGCGUGGAAAAGACGGAUGCCAUGUUUCCCUGGGAGCCCGCGUGCGCCUUCCCUCCUUUGCAUGAGUUUCGUGUUAUGAGAAAAUAAAGUUUUUGUUUUGCCAGAA